GGUCCAUUUUUCGCUGGGGUGGGGGGAAUGCGACAAGAAGAAGACGAAAAAAGGGGCAUCGUAAAAGAUGGCGGUAGAGUGAUUAGUUAUUUGUGGUUGCGAAUUUGCGAAUUUGUUUAUAAACAAAGAGGAGGCGCGAGCGCCGCCGCCGCACCGCCGCCGGGACCCGAGGGGGGCCUCGCUCGAGCGAAACUUUUUGUUGUGAUGUUGCAGGUUUUGGGGCAAUUUCUGACUAAAGUCGGGGCGGAGUCGCACGAAGGGGGCUCAGGGGCGCCCAGUCGACGCAGCGCAGCGUCGCUCCUAACGAAAAUUCGGCCGUCGGCAGCACAAAACCCGCCCCCAUGGAGCAACCCCGAACGAAAUAAUGCCUUGGCUCACGGCGUUCCCUCUCGAUGUUUACAACGAUAAAAUGGCCCUAUUCGAGUUCGGCUAAGCCAGAGUGACCAGUGCUUUCAGACUUUUGUGACUCGUUCGCCCACAAACGCUUCGCACGAUGAGUUAGGUUUAGGCAGCAGAAACGACAUUCCGGUGUACAUUUUCUUUCCCUUCGUUUCGUUUUUGUGUAACUAGCGUAGCCACGAUGUCGUACUUAAAGAUACUGUGAGGGUUAGUGUCGUAGGAAAAAUGUCUCAAACGCCCCAGAAGCUCGGUCAGAAGAUGUGCAAAUCACCGAAGAAUUCCGCCAACAGCUACCAGAUAAAGCCGGAGAAGAUCGACUACGAGAACCUGAGCACUAACUGUACGGUGGUGGGCUCCAACAACCUCAACCUGGUCAAGAAGCCGCAGAUCGUGACCAACAUGUCUCCAGCCUACUCCAAUCCAAGCCCCGGCUAUCCGCCGUCUCCGUACUCGUCGCCUGCUAGUCUCAAGUCGCCUUCGCCUAACCUCAAGCCCCCUACGCCCCAGCCGAGCUUUCCGGUUAUGCAGAUCAUCAACAGCCACUCGCUGCUGGCCAGACCCAUACAAACCAGCCAAUCGCAGAACAUCAUCAAGCUUAAACCGCACCUCAACAUCUUGCCAAAACCCAGUGCCAGCCCCCAGCCCUCGCCCAAACCGAGCGUCAGCCCCCAGAUCGUCAUCCCCACCAACCACCAGCCCGCCACCGCGACGAUAAUGCCCACCGCCCAGCCCGUCCUCCUCAACCAGAUGCCGCUCCUCACCACCCCCAGCGUCCAGUUCAUCCUGCGCCCUCAAACCGCCACCAAGAUCCCCGCCCAGAUGCCCACCGCCGCCCCGCAGGGCCUCAUCCUCCAGCCCAGCGGCCAGCCCCUCCUCCAGAUCCCCCGCUCCCAGCCCAUGGUCCGCGUCCUCACCAACGGCGUCCAGCUGGCGCCGUCCACCACCACCGCCUACGUCACGGCGCAGAUGACCAACCCGCCCGCGCCCAUCACCACCCAGAACGUCAUCGUCAACCCCAGUCCCCAGACCUCGCCCCAGCCGAAGAAGAAGCCCAAGAACAAGGUGAAGAAGAAGCUCGACUUGGCCAACUUGAUGAAGCUGUCGGGCAUCGGGGACGAGGACGACAUCCAGUUCGAGAGCGACGCGAGUCAGAGCGAGAGCGAGCCGACGAACCCGCCGGAGAAGAAGAUGGGGAACGUGCAGAUCGGGGCGGUGGCGCCGCCGCCGCCCCCGGUGGUGCAGGUGCUCAACCAGAACUUCCAGGGCGGGAUGAUCUCGAACAGCUCGCCGCAGCAGGGGAUCCCGUUCAACCCCUUCAUCGCGCCGAACUUCACGAUCAACAACGGGCUGAUGGUGCAGCGGAGCGGCGGGUUCAAGCUGACGAUGGGGGAGGACGGGCGGCUGGUGCUGCAGCACGAUCCGACCUUGAACCAGGACCUGCAGUCGCAGCUGAUCCUGCAGAGCAUCUUCGGGCUGAACGGGGGGCUGGUGCUGCAGCCGUCGAUGGACCAGCAGACGGUCCAGCAGACCAUCCAGCAGCAGACGGUGCAGACGAUCCAGCAGCAGACGGUGCAGUCGCAGACGAUCCAGACGGUGCAGCAGCAGACGAUGCAGCCGCAGCACGCGCUCCAGCAGCAGACGGUGCAGCAGACGAUCCAGCACCAGACGGUCCAGUCGCAGCCGCUGAUGCAGCAACCGAUGCAGAUCAUCCAACCGCAACCGAUGCACUCGCUGCACAGUCUCCAGUCGCAAAUCCAAGGCCAACUCCAAAGUUUGCUCCAGCACCAAAACCAAGCGGUGCAAACCCACCAGAUACCUCCGCAGUCCCCCACGUUCCAGCCGCAGCCGCCGCAAAACCAACCCGUGCUGAAGGUGCAGCCGUUCCAAAAAACACAACCACCGGUGCAAACCGUGCACCCCCAACCAAUCGUCCCGCAACAACCACCCCAGGAGCCGCCCCCGAACCAGCCGACCUCCUACGUGGUCAACUUGACGCCCGAGCAGCUCGAGCAGCUCAAGCGCAACGGACAGUUGACCGUGAACGGGCAGACCAUCUUCAUGCAGCGGCCGAACUCGAACUCGGGCGCCAACAGCAACGCCAACAACAUCAAGCAGCAGCCGCCGCCCCCCGACGAGUGCAAAAAACUCUCGCCGAAGAUCAAGCCCGUGAAGAAGAUCCACCAGCCGCCGCCACACAAAAUCCAGCAGAAAACCUUCGACGACCCCGUCAAGGAGAAGGACAAGUCGACGCUGAUCACCGCGCUGCAGUCGCCGCCGAAGCACGUCUCCCCGCCGCAGAAGCAGGCGAUCGUGCAGCCGUCGAUCAAGGAGAAGAGCCCGCCGAAGCUGCCGCCGCAGCCGUCGCCGAAGCCGAACGACUCGAACGGCACGAACCAGGACGUGGAGAAGCUGCUGGGACAGCUGCUGGAGGAGUCGGGGAACAUUAACAUAAUAACGUCGUCGACGGCGCCGAAUAUCACGAACAAGAACCAGAGGAUACACACGAUCCAGCUGACGCCGCAGAAGCAGGAGCACCUGAAGAACAUCCAGAUGCAGAUACAGACGCUGUCGCAGAAUCUGACGUCGGGGAACGCGGAGAUCCAGGCGGCGCUGAAGAUGCUGUUCGCCGAACAACAGAAGAUACUGGCGACGGGGAAGCUGCUGCCCCCGGAUAAAGUCUAUUACCAUAAUAAUCAUCUGACGAUUAUUAAUCCGUCCAGUUUGAAUUUGGGUGGGGGGCAACAGCAGCAGCCGACGAGUAAGAGCGAAGCGGCGGGGCCGCAGCAGCAAGCGCCGCCGCCACAGGCGGGGGGGAGGAUGGAGGCCGCGCCCAACCAGGUUAUAUCGUCACAAGUACCUAGGAUAUCUGUGUCCAUCCCAUCGUCCGAGCAUCCAGUACAACAAAACGCAACUAGUCAAAUGGCGGGAGGACCCAGACUGACGGUACCGCAGGUGGUGGCGCAGCAGCAGCCGCAGCCGCCUCCGCCGCCGCCGCAGCAGCAGCAGCACCUCAAGCCGCCGCCUCAGCAACCGCAAGCACUGCCGAUGCCCCCGCAACCGCCGCAACACCAACCGCCGCCGCAGCACGGACACUCGAUAGCGAAGAAAGCGCAUCUGAUCGAGGCCCAGCUGAACCAAGACCAAGCGGGCGCCGUCAAACCCGACAUUCACACGCCCUUCAGGGAUAAGAAAGACGCUUGUAUCCGCCUGAUUCGCUACCACUGCAUGGAUCAGCCGGUUUUGUCGCAGAAGGACCUGCACAAAGCCGACGAGAUUUUCGAAUUGACUGCCGAACACUUCAUAGCGAAGUACGCGAAAAUGGUGGAUAAAUAUAAAUAUUUAUUAAUGAAGGAGAGUAUGAGACCCGUGCAGACUUCCGAACUCAUGAUGCUAGACCGCAUGUACCUGUCCGAGGAGCGCCAGUCGAUGAUGCGCCUGCGCCAGGAGGCCGAGGAGGCGGCGCAAGUAAUGGAGCUGCAACCGCCGGCGCCUCCCGCGGCCGCCGAGGCGCCGCCCCCCGGCCAGCCGGAGGACUACGACGAGUGGGCGUGCAUCCAGCGCGAGCUCGGCUGCCUGCCGCAGCAGGACGAGGCCCCGCCCCCCCGGCAGGCGCAGGCCGCGCCCCCCGGCCCGCCCAUGGUCGCGAACGCGCACGCCCACCUCCAGCCGCCGAAGCGGACCGCCAGCAGCGACUCGCGCCUCGAGACUCUGAAGAGGUUUCGCGUCGACAAACACAAUAAGAGAAGUAGUGAAGGUGUACAUAAUAAUAGUGUUUUAAAUAAUAACAGUAGUGUACAAAGUGUCAGUAGUGGGAUUAAUACUCAUCAUCACCCGAACAGUUUCGAACAGCAAGGCCAGGGCGACUCGUACGAGAACGAGGUCGAGAACAACAGCAUCGACGAGCAGGUCCAGUCCGCCAUCGACUCGAUCCUGAACCUCCAGCAGAACACGGCCUUGGCGGACCUGGACAGCAUUCUUUCAUGACGAUAUGUAUAAUUUCAAGGCCUGGCUGCGCACAGCACUUUUUCUCUCCAUUGUGAUCAUUAUUACUUUUUAAAAGUCAUUUAUUUUUACAUAUUGAAAAUGAAAAAUGGAAACAAUAACGAUUCACAGCUCAAAUACGGCAUCUAAGUGCUCGGGCGGGGUCACGUGGGGCAUCGCCGCCUCUGCGACGGGGUGUACCUCGGCCGCACGCCCGCGACCCGCACAUUACUUCUGUGAUCAACUGUACAUUUUAAUUUUUGCGUUUUUUGUUUUUUGACGAUUCCUCGAACUAAUGCCGUCGCGGAAUUGAUGACGUCAGGGAUGCGCACGUGACCACCGACGCGUCCGAUGUUGUGACGGUGCGUCGAUUUUUUUUCACAGUGUACCACAAUUGUGUCAUAUCACUGUUGCAAUAAUUUAUUGAUUUUAACUUAUUAUAAGGCAGCUGUACGAUUUUAAUGGCGAUUCGAUGUCGAGCAAUAAUUUUAUUUAUGUGGUUUUAACUCACAUGAUUGUAGCACACUGGAAAAAAGUUUAAUAUUUUAUUGUAAAUAAUUUAAUUUAUGUGUACUUAGUUUACUUCAUUUUAUAAGGUUUUAUUAUUAUUAAGACUGACUUUAAGAAAUUUUGGUUCCUAAAC